AAUAAGCAUGCACGGCAAACCUCCACUCAUGAGUACCUUUGACUUGGGGUAACUUUCUUUAGGUUUGCUUGCAUGAUAGGAAGACAAAUUGAACAUGGAGAGUUGGGAAGAAAUGAUGAAGCUGGACAAGGAGAAGCUGGCGCAACCUGUAGCUUCUAUAGAGGAAAAAUGGAAGCUACUCCCAGCAUUCCUAAAAGUGAAAGGCCUGGUUAAACAGCAUAUUGACUCCUUCAACUAUUUUGUCAAUGUAGAGAUUAAAAAUAUCUUGAAAGCAAAUGAGAAAAUAACAAGUGAUGCAGAUCCAACUUUCUACAUGAAAUAUUUGAACAUCUAUAUUGGAAUGCCAGAUGCAGAGGAAGGGUACCAAAUUGCAAAGACCAUAUCACCACAUGAGUGUCGCCUCAGAGACAUGACAUAUUCAGCCCCUAUCACAGUGGAUGUAGAAUACACUAGAGGGAGCCAGAGGAUUGUCAGAAAUAAUCUACCUAUUGGAAGGAUGCCUAUAAUGUUGAGGAGUUCUAACUGUGUGCUUACUGGUAAAACCCCAGCUGAACUUGCCAAGCUUAAUGAAUGUCCUCUUGAUCCUGGGGGCUACUUUGUGGUCAAGGGGACAGAGAAGGUCAUUCUUAUACAGGAACAGCUGUCCAAAAAUAGAAUGAUUGUUGAACAGGACAAAAAGGGGAAUGUUGGGUGUUCAGUCACAAGCUCAACCCAUGAACGGAAGAGUAAAACAUAUGUCAUUCAGAAGAAGGGAAAGUAUUACUUGAAACAUAAUACAUUUGCAGAAGACAUUCCAAUAGCCAUAGUGUUCAAGGCCAUGGGUGUCCAGUCAGACCAGGAGAUAGUCCAGAUCAUAGGCAGUGAGGAGGAGGUCCUGGCAGCCAUAGCACCUUGUCUGGAGGAAUGCCACAGGGCACAAGUAUUUACCCAGAACCAGGCUUUGAAGUACAUAGGUAACAAACUGAGACAGAGAAGACUGAUGUGGGGCAGUGCCAAGAAGACAAAGCUGGAGGAGGCUAGAGAGUUACUGCAGGGGAUUGUGCUAGCCCAUGUGCCUGUUGAACAGUGGAACUUCAAGAUCAAGUCAGCAUAUCUUGGGUUGAUGGUUCGGAGGGUUAUCUUGGCUCAGGGGGACUCUGUGAAGGUUGAUGACAGGGAUUACUAUGGCAACAAAAGGUUGGAGCUGGCAGGACAACUGUUGUCUCUUCUGUUUGAAGACUUGUUCAAGAAGUUUAAUGCUGAGCUGAAGAAAAUAGCCGACCAAACCAUUCCCAAGCCACGAGUUGCUCAGUUUGACAUUGUGAAGCACAUGAGGCAGGACCAGAUCACCAAUGGACUUGUUCAUGCCAUUUCUACUGGCAAUUGGUCAAUCAAACGCUUCAAAAUGGACAGGGCAGGGGUCACUCAGGUGCUGUCCAGACUGUCCUUUAUCUCUGCACUAGGUAUGAUGACCAGGAUAUCCAGUCAGUUUGAGAAAACCAGAAAAGUCAGUGGUCCUCGUUCACUCCAGCCAUCCCAGUGGGGCAUGCUGUGUCCCUCAGACACCCCUGAGGGUGAGGCAUGUGGACUGGUCAAGAAUUUGGCCCUAAUGACCCAUAUAACAACUGACUUGGAUGAAACCCCUAUCAUAAGGCUGGCCAUGAACCUAGCAGUGGAAGAUAUACAUCUUCUGAGUGGAGAGGAACUGAGCUCUCCACAUGUUUAUUUGGUGUUCUUGAAUGGAAACAUUCUUGGUGUGGUCCGUAAUUAUAAGAAACUGGUGAGAACUUUCCGUCUGAUGAGGAGGGCAGGUUAUAUCAAUGAGUUUGUGUCCAUAUGUCCCAGUCAUACACACAGAUGUGUUUAUAUUGCGUCUGAUGGAGGCAGAGUGUGUAGACCAUAUAUUAUUGUGGAAAACUGCAUGCCGAAAGUCACAUCAAAACACAUAGAGGAGUUAACUCAAGGAUUCAGGUGCUUUGAAGACUUCCUAAGAGACGGCCUUGUAGAGUACUUGGAUGUGAAUGAAGAAAGUGACAGCCAAAUAUCACUAUAUGAAAGUGCAAUAACCAGCAUAACAACUCAUCUAGAAAUAGAACCCUUCACAAUCCUUGGUGUGUGUGCUGGGUUAAUCCCCUACCCCCACCACAACCAGUCCCCCAGGAACACAUACCAGUGUGCUAUGGGGAAACAGGCCAUGGGGACUAUUGGAUACAACCAAAGAAACAGAAUUGAUACCCUCAUGUAUUUAUUGUGCUAUCCACAAAUACCUAUGGUCAGAACUAAGACUAUAGACUUGAUCCAUUUUGACAAGGUCCCUGCAGGUCAGAAUGCCACAGUGGCUGUGAUGAGCUAUAGUGGAUAUGACAUAGAAGAUGCUCUAAUAUUGAACAAGGCCUCCGUUGACAGGGGUUUUGGCCGUUGUCUAGUGUAUAGAAAGAAUGGUACCACAUUGAAGAGGUAUGCCAACCAGUCUUUUGAUAAAGUCAUGGGCCCAAUGCUGGAUGCCACCACAAGAAAACCAAUUUGGAGACAUGAUGCUCUGGAUGCUGAUGGAAUAUGUGCUCCUGGUGAAAAAGUAGAAAACAAACAGUUACUAAUCAACAAAUCUAUGCCAACUGUGACAAUGAGUCCUGUAGAGUCUGGAGGCCAGCAACCAGAGUACAGAGAAGUGCCUAUCACGUACAAAGGCCUUGCACCAUCUUACAUAGAAAGAGUGAUGAUUUCCUCCAACCCAGAGGAAGCUUUUCUUAUCAAGAUUUUGUUAAGACAAACAAGAAGACCAGAGAUUGGGGAUAAAUUCAGCAGUAGGCAUGGGCAAAAAGGGGUUUGUGGUCUCAUAGUGCCCCAAGAAGACAUGCCCUUUUCUGAAUUGGGAAUUUGCCCAGAUAUUAUCAUGAAUCCUCAUGGGUUUCCAUCACGUAUGACAGUUGGGAAAUUGAUGGAACUUCUUGCAGGGAAGGCUGGCUUGCUGGAUGGAAAGUUUCAUUAUGGAACAGCUUUUGGGGGUGACAAAGUGAAGGAUGUUUCAGAAGAUCUCAUCAGACAUGGAUUUAACUAUUUGGGAAAAGAUUAUUUAACUUCUGGAGUGACUGGUGAGCCCCUCACAGCCUACAUCUACAUGGGUCCUGUGUAUUAUCAAAAAUUGAAACACAUGGUGAUGGAUAAAAUGCAUGCACGUGCAAAAGGACCACGUGCUGUGCUCACCCGUCAGCCCACUGAGGGUAGGUCGCGAGAUGGAGGUCUACGUCUUGGAGAGAUGGAACGUGAUUGUUUGAUUGGCUAUGGUGCAAGUAUGCUCUUACUAGAGCGCCUGAUGAUAUCUAGUGAUGCCUUUGAAGUGGAUGUCUGCAACAAAUGUGGUCUUCUAGGAUAUUCUGGAUGGUGUCAUUUCUGCAAAUCGUCAACAGAUGUCUCUCAUCUCAAGAUCCCAUACGCUUGUAAACUGCUGUUCCAAGAGCUUCAGUCCAUGAACAUUGUGCCAAGGUUGACACUGAAGAAAUACAAUGAAUGAAAACAGUGCGAGGUGUGUCAUAGCAGAGAGACAGUGUUGGCAACACUGACGCAGUCAAAUGCGUCAAUUUAUUGAUACAUGUCAUCAAUAAUUGGAGAAUGACAACAAAGAAAUUCCUCAGCUGUGUUAAGUAGCAGCAUUAGCUUUUAAAAUAUCAGAAUUAUUAUCAGUGUGUGUGAGUGCAUGCAUUUCUGUGUAUUUAUGUGUGUGUUUGUUCAAAUGCAUAAGUGGUAAUAAGUUUGGGUUUUUUUAAGCUAAUGUUUGCUUCUUGUAAAAACCAAAAAACAGUGCUAAACAGUGCACAAAAUAGACAUAAGUAUUAAGAACUGACAGCUUUGUUGAGACAAGUUUUUGUAUUUAAAAUUAUAUUAAAAUUAGGUUGUUUAUUUUAUUUUGUUUCACCCAAGCAUAGUGCCUUCAGCCAAUAAUCUAUCAAGGUCACUUUGCCGACGGGAAGUUUGAGUAUGAAUAAAUACAUGAUAUUUGGGCUUUCAUACACUUUUGACUUUGUAUGCCAAAUUAUUGUGUUUGAAUAAACAAUGUCUCAUGUAGCAGUGAUAACAAAAGGUUGAGCACUUUUUUCUAGCAAGAUGAACUCCAUCAGUUAUAGAAUUUUGUAGGUAAAUUGAUAA